UUUGAGCAGAGUGGAUUGCGUCAGCCUGAAAAAGUAAUACUGACUGACCAUAUUCCGCCUGUUUAAGCAGCCGAGUAAGCCUCCACCUUUUUUAAGUCAACACCAAAAUUUUUGAACGAUCUUGUAAUCAUUAAAACCAGGAUUUGAUAUUGUGACAGGCAAACACGCAUUUGUAGGAUAAUAAACUUUUGGUGAAAAAUCUACAUAUGUAUGUAGGUUCUCGAGUUAACGUGAUUGAUAACAUUUUCAUUUACGUCACUGGUUUUUAGCACCAACGCAACAAAAAUGAUAUAUUCUACACAUAUCGCGAACGCGUUUAAGACGCAGCAAAAUGCGACAUCUAUUGUCGUAGUGAUUACCACAAGCAAGUUGGCAGUGACCCAAAUUGACCAGGUUCACAAAUUAUCAGGUGGAAUUUCAGGGAACUUGGAUGGAUUGAGUGGAAACCUAGGUUUCGCAAGUGAGUCGAAAAGUCACGCCGAGCUAACUUUUGUCCACUCGAAGUUUAAAAUUCGUCGUUUUAAUUCCCACCGAUGGGUAAAUAAUGCUCCUGAAGAAUACAUGACUGUGAUCGGGGUUGAUGAUGCGGGAAGCUUUGUGGCCGAACUUUGUCAAAAUUAUCCCAUCGUGGCCGACAGAUCCUAUAUUUUUGACCACUUUGGGAACAUUCGACAUCAAAAGUAUGGUUAUGGACAUUUCAUCGACGAGCACGGGCUUGAUUGGAGUCGGCAGUGAUUAAAAAACAAGAAAUAUUAUGGCACCAUAAAAUCGUAUUUAUGUUUUCUCGGUUCCCUGAAACUGCAUCAGGACAAAGACGUACGUCGUUAGAAAUCCAAAUAUCUAAAAUAAAUAAUCCAGAAAUUUAAAAAUUUAAAAAUUAGUUUCAAAUUUGCUCAAUGAAAUGAAUAUAUAGAUUAAAAAGAAUAUAUUUACUUA